CAACGCUUAUUUGUAAUCUUUAUUUUUCCCCCAUUUUUGGAAGGCCAAGAGCGUGUACGUGUCUGUGUGUGUAUAUGUACACGCCUAGACGUGAAACGCAGGUCUAGACCGUCCAGAGAAGGAAGACAGAUGCGGCCAAGGCCAGCCCAGCCCCUCGCAGCCCCUCUGGCUCCACCUCCGCAGGCUCCGGGGGAAGAGACACUCAGCCACGUCCCAGAUCGUCCUUGAGCAGGCGAGCCCACCACGGGGCCCUCCCUACCGAGGGGUCCCCUCCGCCCGCUUAGCUUGGACGAAGGAGUGGCCGCGCCGAGCAGGGCGUCCCCAUGGCCAGCGCCGCGCUCGAAGCGGUCACGCAGCAAAUUUGUAGCCUGGGCCCGGUGCAGCCGUUGGAGACGGAGCGCGGCGCGCCCUUGGCCGAGGACGUGGCCGAGCUGCCCGUGCUGGAUGCCUCUGGCAAAGCGAUCCCUUUCGGGGCGCUCUUCCGGGAGCGCCGGGCCAUCGUCGUGUUCGUGCGGCAUUUCUUGUGUUACAUCUGUAAAGAAUAUGUAGAAGACCUGGCCAAAAUCCCCAAGAAUUUCUUACAAGAUGCUAAUGUCACACUGAUAGUUAUUGGACAGUCAUCUUUUCAACACAUUGAGCCUUUCUGCAAGCUGACAGGGUAUUCUCAUGAAAUCUAUGUUGACACUGAGAGAAAAAUUUAUAGAAAACUUGGAAUGAAGAAGGGUGAAGGAAUUGCUACUUCGGUGCAGAGUCCGCAUGUGAAAUCCAACCUACUCUCAGGAAGUAUUCAAAGCCUGUGGAGAGCGGUUACUGGCCCUGCCUUUGAUUUUCAAGGAGAUCCAGUUCAGCAAGGUGGAACGCUCAUUUUAGGUCCUGGUAACAACAUCCAUUUUAUACAUCUUGAUAAGAAUAGACUAGAUCACAAGCCUAUAAACUCUAUUUUGCAGCUUGCAGGAGUUCAAAAAGUGAACUUUACAAAUAAUUUUGACUUUUUUUGCAUUUCAGAUCGCCUUUGUUUUGCCAUUCUUUACCAGAAACCAAAGAGUGCUGCAAACAUACACUAUUUCUCCAUAGAUGACGAAUUUGAAUAUGAGAACUUCUUCGCAGAUUUUGGACCACUCAAUCUGGCAAUGGUUUACAGAUAUUGUUGCAAGAUAAAUAAGAAAUUAAAGUCCCUUACAAUGAUAAGGAAGAAAAUAAUUCAUUUUACGGGCCCUGAUCAGAGAAAACAAGCAAAUGCAGCUUUCCUCAUGGGGUGUUACCUAAUAAUAUAUUUGGCGAAAUCUCCAGAAGAUACCUACAGGACGCUGUUGGUUGGAAACAUUUCUUAUGUUCCUUUCAGGGAUGCUUCCUACGGUAAUUGCACUUUCUACAUAACACUGCUCGACUGUUUUCAGGCAGUACAUAAGGCAGUCCAGUAUGGCUUCCUAAAUUUUGAAAAAUUUGACCUUGAUGAUUACGAGCAUUAUGAAAAAGCGGAAAAUGGAGAUUUAAACUGGAUAAUCCCAGGCCGAUUUAUUGCCUUCUGUGGCCCUCACCCAAGAAGCCGACUUGAAAGUGGUUACCACUAUCAUACGCCCGAAGCCUAUGUUCCGUAUUUUAAAAGGCACAAUGUCACCACCAUUAUCAGACUCAACAAAAAAGCCUACGAUGCGAGGAGAUUCACAGAGGCUGGCUUUGACCAUCAUGAGCUUUUUUUUGCUGACGGCAGCAUACCUAGUGACGCCAUAGUAAAAGAAUUUCUGAACAUCUGUGAAAAUGCUGAGGGUGUGAUUGCAGUGCAUUGCAAAGCCGGCCUUGGACGGACAGGCACCCUUAUAGCCUGCUACAUCAUAAAGCAUUAUAGGAUGACGGUUCCUGAAACCAUUGCUUGGAUCAGAAUCUGUAGACCUGGCUCUGUGAUUGGACCUCAGCAACAUUUUUUGAUGUCGAAGCAGGCAAGCCUUUGGACAGAAGGAGACUAUUACCGUAAGAAGUUAAGGGACCAGGAAAAUGGAAGACACGCAGCUGCAGUCACAAAAAUCCUAACAGGGGUCGAUGACAUUUCAAUAAAUGAAACCCAGUCCGAAGAAACGAAAGAUUCUGAAUCGUACAGUGAUGAUGAGGAUGCAAUAAACGGAAUGACCCAAGGUGAUAAGCUCCUUGCCCUGAAAAGCAGAAGACGGGCAAAAUCAGCUACUUCAGUUCCUCUAACAGUAAUUCUUCAGUCCAGUGUUCAGAGCAGUAAAACAUCUGAACCUAACAUUUCUGACAGUUCAGGCCUUUUUCAGAGAACUACCAGAUCUGCUACAAGAAAAAGCAGUUUUAAAAGUAGCCACUCCAUUCCGAGGACUAGAACGGUCUUACGUUAAGUUUAAAAAAAAAAUUGUGGCCGGAACUGAAGGAAUCUUCUAGGAAAAAGGAAAACAAUAGGACCCAGCACAGUUUGUUUGAAAACCAAACAAAAAGCCAAAAAAGAAAAAAAUCUUAGUUGCUUCAAGCUAAGAGACCUCGGGUCGGCGAAGAAAAUGUACAAGCGUUUAACUGGUUAAAUUUAUUCAUACUGUUGAGUUUUGAGGCCGGUGAUUUGAUGAAGAACUUAAAUCUCUGUGUGAAGAAAUCUUUGAAGUUUGGUAAACAAACUAAAUGACCUAUUGUAAAUUUAGUCUCAGGUGUAAAUAUGAAGCCCUCCACUGUCAAGAGGGUUCACGAGUCUGUUCGGUGCAUGUGUAUAAAUUGUGAUGGCAAUCAUUUUUAGCUCUUGGCCUCCAAAGGAAUGGAGAAUUCAAGGCAGGCUUCUGUAUAUUUAGUUUCUGUUUGUCCUUGCUAUGUUCUUUGAAGAUGUAAAAGGAAACUGCUUUAUGGGAAGAGUAUUUUUUUCUUGAUUUGCUGUAAUUUGAUUUAUUCCAUGUUAAUUAGCCAAGUACCACCAAACUGCUUGCUUUUCACCAAAAAGUGUUUUACUGGUAACCUUAUAUAAGCACUGCUAUGUGUUUGGGUACAAACAAAGUGGUUCCUUCAGAAAAUAUUUGAAAACUAGUGAAAGAAUAUGAUCAUUGCUUUAGAAGGUUUCAAAUAGUACAAACGCUGCACUUCAUUUCUCAUUCUUAAGACCAUUUAGUAAGUUAAUAGUGCCCUGUGACUGGUCACUGUUUUGUUGCCCAGUAACAUGAACAGAAAACUUUCUUAAAAAAAAAAAAGAAUACUGUGACUUCUCUUUCCCUUUACAAAACAGAAAUUACCAAGUAAUUGAAAUUUUUCUUAUGGUACUACUUUAAUUGAAUUCUGCUUUUUCCUUUUUUCCCUCUUAUCCAAUCUCCUCCUCAGUUAUCAAGCUAUAUAUUGGUUUACAUCUAUGGAUUUUAGUUAUUGGUAAAUGUGAGACCUCACUUACUGCCUUUAUUUAGGGUAUACAAAAAUGUAACUCUUUGUAUAGUGCCUUCUUCACACCAACGAAGCGGACUAGAUUCUGUGAAUAUUAGAUGACAGUUACAGAACGUGAUGUAUCUUAUUACAUACGAUAAUGGGGGGCCCAAUGGCAAAGAAUAUUUGAGUAUCCUGAGUUCACAUAUAUUUCUUUUCCACGUGCACAUGAACGAAAUGUAUGAUUGUUACUUCACUAGACCAGUUUCAGGCAGUCCAGUUUGAGAAGUUGGACCGUUGAAAUCUUCUAGAAAAUAGAUACUUUUAUAAUAUAAUACAAAUGCACAGAAGAAAUGUCAGCCAUGUUUAUUUUUAUACCUAAUUUAUUUUUAAGAGCUGUUGUUAAAAGAAAAUAAAAAAGAGGCCCUACUAGGGCUGAGGGAUGAAUGUAAUUAUAGCCUGUAAAUGCAAAAAAAAAAAUAUGACUUUAGAGCAGUGGUUCUAUUUGGGGGGCAAGGGGUAAUUCUCUCACGUACAAGACUGAAAUUGGUAACUGACAUAGGUUCCUGCAGUUUAGCACAAAAUAAUCCUCGCCACCCUUGAGACUAAUGGUUCGAGGGUAGGACUGAAAACAAUGGCUACUGGGACAUCAAUUAAUAUUGCCCCAAAGGCAGAAUCAUUUUCCUACCUAUGUACCGGCUCCUCCUCUCUAGGCCAUGUCAGGGAAAAGAGUAUUCUGCUAUACUAUGAAGAGGGGGACGGGGUGGAGGGUAAGGAAAGCCCACAGUUAUAGAAAGUGAAUAUAACAUUAAACCCCCAAUUCUCAGGUCUAUUUUCUCAUUCUGACUCUUAUUCCUUUAAAGACUUUCCUCUCUUAAUAACCACACACACACACGCACACACACACAUACACACACCCCCAAACCACCACCUGUAGUUUCCUUAUUAAACUUAUUGGUCUUUUAAAACAAAAUGGGAAAACUAAUGCUCUCCAUCUCUAAAAUGAGACCAGGGCUGCAUAAGACAGUUCUUUUUAUUUUUUUAUUUUUGGCUGGUAAUAAAGAAUCUUAGCUGAAGUAUUUCCACCAUAAACAUUUUAGCCUCCAAGUUGCCGUCACAUGGUGUGAGUCCUCAACUCAGCCUUUCUUGAAUUUCUGACCAUUUUAAACGUCAGCAAGGAUCUUUCUCCUUCACAUUUUAACGUUUAUCUGCUCUAUUCAUACCAGAGUUAGUCAUAGGAAGUCUGAAUUUGGUUAAAAAGUAUUUCUUUGUUGGCCGCCCUCGGUGACUUGAGCUGGUAUGUGCCAAGCAAAACAGCAGGCCGAACAUGUGGGUGGGGGUGGGGGGAGAGGGACAUAUUUAGGGAUUAAGAAGCAUCUGGGUAUGGCUGCUGGGAAGAUUCCUGUUGUUACAAGUCAGUUCGUUUUUUUUUUUUUUAUUUUUGCUUUUUGAUCUCUAAAAAUGUAACCAAAUUAUUCUUCUAAGAUUUCUCACUCUAAGCCCCCCCUUUUUUUAGAAACACUGCUUAAACGUAAAGAAUAGUUUGUCAAAUAAAGGAAUUUCCUGUUUAAAGGAAACCAAAUGCCCUAAAGAGGUGGAUAGAAAACUAGCCUCAGAAAUAAUAAGCUCUGGAUUCAAGUCUAACCUUUAACAUGUACUUGCCCUGGGCAAGUUUCUUAGCUUCUGAGUGCCCUUGGCAUCUCAAAAAGAAUUCAAGUUGGAAAAAAAGGGGCCCAAUUUCAUUGGUGAAGGAAAUUCCCCAUCUGCUGCUCUGCCACAAUGAAAUUCAGAUAGGAUCCCCCCAAAAAACUAUGCUCAACAGAACUGUAGAUUUUUUCAUGACCACUCUGCAUUUUCAUGGUUUAACAAGUUAAAAUAUUUUUAGUAGCUCUUCCAUCUCUCUGGGACUGAAAUAGUGACAUUUAAAGGAGAUAGUAAAAUAGAAAUAGUUGUAUCUGAAUGAUUUUGGUCAUGAAAGUAACUUUUCCUCAUUUUUUCCUUUUCUCAGAAAAAAAACCACACCAAAUCUGUGAAGUGUUAAAAUUUGUUUAUUGGAAGCAAAGAAAAAUUUAUAAAAAAAAACCCUUAGCAGAAAAAGAAUAUUAGAGAUAGAUCUGUCUUAAUUGCCAGGUUUAAAAUUUUAGAAGUAUUUUUUUACCUAGCUGUGAAUAAUUGUUUCACCAAGCAUUGCCUCAGUGCAAGUAGCCUUACUUGUCCACCAGUGUGGUUGCUCUCCUAAAAUUCACAGUUGUCUAAAAUUCAGCACUAACCCUUCAUCCCCUCGCCAUGGGGAUUUUCAUGGGAAAAUGUUUCCAAAAUUUCUACCUCGAUCCUUUCCUCCAAGUUUUAGUUAGGAGCAGAUUUCCCCAUCACAGUGAUUGGGGCCAACAUGUUUGAGACUGAAGUAUGAUCCACUGUGACACUUACUGUGGAGCUAUCGCUUUCUUGGGAGACAUUCUCCUGUAAGAAAGGCCCAAAGGUAAUGCCUUGCAUUUGAUUUACAUUUUCUCUCUGGGCAACGAGCAAUUUACUCAAAGAACUUUGUGAAAAAUAGCUUCAAUUUCUAUUUUCAUACAUCCUCUCUCAUACCAUCUCCCGUUCCCCCUUGUUGAAUUUUAUCAAAAGCUUUUUAAAUAACUUGCUCAGCCCCACCUUGAAGACAGUGGUUUUUCUUUUCUUACUCUUUCAUAAUUCUUUCUCACCAAAUAAUGACAGAGGGGGGUUAGCUCCCCCAUCCCCCCUCUCUCCAGACCUUUGUAUUCUCCACGUUGCUAAAUGGAAGUGCUGCAAAUGUGUUUUUAAAGACUGGACACUUAAUAGUGUGUAGAAAAUUACCUCCAGUUCAUAGAGAGAAAAAACAAAUUGACAGCAGCUCACUUCACCUGAUUUGAGUACUGCAGUUUUAUAUUAGUAAUUUGCAGACUUUUAUCCAAUGUGCACUCAUGUAUAGGUUAUAAAAAGUUUUCAAAAGUAACUGAAUAGUAGUUACUUAACCAUUGUCUUGAUUUUUUUUAAAUUAAAAUGUAUAUUUCUAUUCAUAUUUUUUAAAAUCAGAGGGAUCCGGUAGAGCGAAUGUUUAUUUUCCUUAAGUAUUUUUCAGGUAAAGCUUCAUAAUAAAUGAUGUCUUGUAAACUAGCUAGUUUAAUAAGUAUUGUCUCAUUUGAAAACCUUGUGUAUUGUAACUGAUUUUAUACAAAAUGUUAAAUAGUGAAAAUUGUAUGCCUAAGAUCAUGUACAAUUAAAACUAUUAACCAGAA